UGAAGAUUCAGCUGUGAAGAUACUAUAAAAAGAGAAGAGAAGGAAUGAGACAGAAGCAGAAACAGAAUUAUCGGUGCUGAGCACGGCUAGACUCAGUCCCGUUACUAAACAAGGAGCUACAGACAAUACAUUGAAUCUGACAUCCUCUGAAGUAGCAGAUAAUGAGGACUUACCAUUGUUUACCAUUAUUCAUCUGGACCUACAUCUUGCACACAGUUGACACCAUCCCAUUACAAGAAAAGUCUAGCAGUUAUUUACCUAGCCAGAGGAUAGUGAGCCUGACAAAAGAUGAUGGUAAAACGCUUCGUCGCACCAAGCGUGGCUGGAUGUGGAAUCAGUUCUUCUUGUUGGAAGAGUACACAGGUACAGACACACAAUAUGUAGGCAAGCUUCACACUGACCAAGAUAAAGGAGAUGGAAAUUUAAAAUACAUUUUAACAGGAGAUGGGGCUGGCAGUCUGUUCGUUAUAGAUGAAAAUACAGGAGACAUUCAUGCUGCAAAGAAAUUAGACAGAGAAGAAAAAUCCCUGUACAUUCUUCGAGCCAAGGCUAUAGACAGAAAGACUGGUCGACAGGUGGAACCAGAAUCGGAAUUUAUCAUUAAAAUUCAUGAUAUCAAUGACAAUGAGCCAAAAUUUACAAAAGACUUAUACACUGCCAGUGUUCCUGAAAUGUCUGGAGUGGGUACAUCUGUCAUACAAGUGACUGCAACAGAUGCAGAUGAUGCCAACUAUGGAAAUAGUGCCAAAGUGGUCUAUAGUAUAUUGCAAGGACAACCAUAUUUCUCAGUGGACCCGGAAUCAGGCAUAAUAAAGACUGCACUACCAGACAUGAGCAGAGAAAAUCGAGAACAGUACCAAGUGGUUAUACAGGCCAAGGACAUGGGUGGCCAGAUGGGAGGACUUUCUGGAACCACAACAGUGAACAUCACUCUGACAGAUGUUAACAACAAUCCUCCUCGGUUUCCACAGAGUACGUAUCAAUUUAGUUCUCCUGAGUCUGCCCCUCUUGGAACCCAUCUCGGAAGGAUAAAAGCCAAUGACCCUGACAUGGGGGAAAAUGCUGAGAUGGAAUACAGUAUUGCUGAAGGAGAUGGAGCGGACAUGUUCGAUGUCAUCACUGACAAGGAUACACAGGAAGGGAUUAUAACUGUCAAACAGAAUUUAGAUUUUGAAAAAAAGAUGUUGUACACUUUAAGAGUGGAUGCAAGUAACACUCAUCCUGAUCCUCGAUUCUUACACCUGGGACCUUUCAAAGAUACAGCUGUAAUCAAAAUAUCUGUGGAAGACACAGAUGAGCCUCCUGUGUUCAGUAGACACUCCUAUUUGAUAGAAGUGGAUGAGGAUGUAAAGGAGGGCAGCAUCAUCGGACAAGUCACAGCAUAUGACCCUGAUGCCAUGAACAACUUAAUUAAGUACUCUGUUGAUCGGAAUACUGAUAUGGACCGAAUUUUCAGUAUCCACUCAGAAAAUGGCUCUAUUUUUACUCUGAAGCCCCUUGACCGGGAAUCAUCCCCUUGGCACAAUAUCACUGUUACAGCCACGGAAAUAAAUAAUCCCAAACUAAGUAGCCAUAUUCCGGUCUUCAUCAGAAUUCUAGACAUUAAUGACCACGCUCCAGAAUUUGCCAUGUAUUAUGAAACGUUUGUUUGUGAAAAUGCAAAACCUGGGCAGCUAAUUCAGACUGUCAGUGUCAUGGACAAAGAUGACCCUCCCCGAGGUCACAAGUUCUUCUUUGAACCAGUGCCAGAAUUUCCCCUCAAUCCGAACUUCACCAUUGUAGACAAUAAAGAUAAUACAGCAGGAAUUAUGACUCGCAAAGACGGGUACAGUCGCAACAAAAUGAGCACCUACCUACUGCCAAUUUUAAUUUUUGACAAUGAUUAUCCUAUUCAAAGCAGCACUGGCACACUCACUAUUCGGGUGUGUGCCUGCGACAAUCAAGGGAACAUGCAGUCCUGCAAUGCAGAGGCCUUGGUCCUCUCAGCUGGCCUGAGCACCGGAGCUGUCAUCGCCAUCCUGCUGUGUGUCCUCAUACUUCUCAUUUUAGUUGUGCUGUUUGCUGCAUUGAAGAGACAAAGGAAAAAGGAACCUCUCAUAAUUUCAAAGGAUGAUGUCCGGGAUAAUAUCGUGACCUACAAUGACGAAGGUGGUGGGGAAGAAGACACACAGGCUUUUGACAUUGGCACAUUAAGGAAUCCAGAAGCAAGAGAAGACAGCAAACUUAGACGAGAUGUAAUGCCUGAAACUAUUUUUCAGAUAAGGAGGACUGUGCCCCUAUGGGAAAAUAUUGAUGUGCAAGAUUUUAUCCAUCGAAGAUUAAAAGAGAACGACUCAGACCCAAGUGCACCUCCUUAUGAUUCAUUGGCCACUUAUGCCUAUGAGGGGAACGAUUCCAUCGCGGAUUCGCUCAGUUCCUUAGAGUCUCUCACAGCUGAUUGUAACCAGGAUUAUGAUUACCUGAGCGACUGGGGUCCUCGUUUUAAAAAACUGGCUGAUAUGUAUGGGGGUGAUGACAGUGACCGAGACUAAGCAUAUCGUAUGACUUAAUAUUAGUGGAACUGUCUUUGUUACUAGAAUGAGUGGCCUGCAUUCUCCUCCUGGGAGGAAAUUUUUCAAAAAUCGAAAUUACAAACAAUACGUAGGUGUUGUCUUAGUAAGGGUUUGCUUAACCAGUAAGUUUCCGUGAAUGAAUAUGAAUGAUAUAGAUUUUAAAACAGUAAUAACCAGUUCACCCUCUUUGCCUAAUAACCUUCAAAGGAAAUUAUAUCACAUUAAUAAUCAAUAAAAAAUAUUUAAAAGGCUUUUUGUGCCUUUUCUUAGGUAUAAGAACUUUAUAAAUGUUUUAUUAACUGACUUUCAGUCACCUUUACUAUUAAAUUAAACAUUGUGCAACUGCUUUGUAAAAUAAUAUAGAAAAUAUAUAUCCCUGAUGAAAUAGGAAUGACUACUACUGCCAUAUUUAUUUAGUUGAAGAAUGUCUUUGUGUUAAUUCAUUCAUAUUUUUAUAAAUGUAUAUUUAUAUUUUUGUAUUUUUGAAAUAAACUAGUAUUUAUAAAAUAAAUUUCAUUUUAUUUAAUUCCUGGGGGCAGUUCUGAUCUCACUUAAGACAUAAAUGCUUUACAUCUUUAAGUGUAAAACAUGAUUUUCUCAGGGAAAAAGCAGUUAAGAAAUUACUGCUUGGGAUUUGGUACUAAAGUGAGGUGGAAUUAUAAAGGACCUUUGGUACGAUUUGUUAUUUGCUGUUUCAAUUACUUAAAUAUUGACAAAUGUUUAUUGAACCUCUAAAGUCUACGCAUGGAAGAA